AUGGUUCAAUUCUCCGAGGAGACAAAGGAACGCGUUUCCAAGGUUAUCGAUAUUUCCAGAGUCGCCAUUCACUACGGCUACUUGCCUCUCAUCGUCUACCUAGGCUAUACUUACAGCGAACCGAAGCCGUCUCUGUUCAAGCUGUUCUCGCCUCUUGCUUAG